CCAAAUACUUCGAAGACAGAAGCAAAAAUGAUUUAGUAUCAACUCGAAAAUUGUAGACCUAUACGUUAGAAGUAGUCAUUUUAGUAGUGCAUAAUCAGAAUGUAUCCAAGAAGAAGCGAAACAACCAGGAUACAGAGACUAGCACUCUUGUUCGUAUUUGCGUAUUCUACUACGAUGGUAUGGAGCUGCGUUAACACCAGAUCAUCUUGCCCUCCUGGAGUCAAGCAUUAUUGUAAAUGUGAGAAACACUUUAGUGUUGAAUGCAAUCAGUUCAUAUUUGGUAACAUGUCUGUACUGCCUUGUAAUUUAAAAAAAAUCGUUGUUCAAGGGAGCAAAUUAAAAGAAUUACAAGAUAAUAUAUUUCAACUACCUAUGUUAGAACAUUUGGUUCUACCUUACAAUAAAUUGAACACAAGGUGUAUUGGUGAAGACGCGUUCAAAAACCUUACAAGGUUGAUGACCUUAGAUAUCGGUUACAAUACAGAAAUAUUCAAAUUAAAAAAGGAGUGGUUUAAUGAUUUGUACUCGUUAACAACAUUUGAUGCUAGGAAUUGUAAGAUAAGGACGAUUCAUUACAAUAUAUUUGAAAACAGCGCAAACUUAACAUAUGUUUAUCUUGCCAAUAACAAACUACAUUACCUACAUGAAGGACUAUUCAAAGAUUUAGCAUAUCUAAAAGAGGUUGAUUUAAAAGGCAACUCGCUUUUUACGCUUCAUGCAAACGCAUUCAGUGGUUCUUUUGAAUUGCAGUCGAUAAUCCUUCGUCUAAAUAAAUUUACAACAUUCAAGGAAAGUUUUGGAAUUCAAGAUAUUGACGGAUUAGUUAAAUUAGACCUACGAGGGAACCCGAUCGCGUGCGAUUGUGACAUACGAUGGUUCCACGCCUGGUUACAGUAUACGAACGUGACCGUUAACGCAUCUUGCUACUGCUCUUCCAACUUGAUUGGUCUACAAGUAAAGGAGUUUGACACGAAUACUCUCCAUUGUACAAUUCAGGCCUGGGUGGUGGUGGUAAUUUCGGUAGUGUCACUUUGGUUGCUGAUAAUAUUUGUUGUGCUGCUGUAUCGGUUUAACAUAAGAAAAAUCUAUCACAGAUUGAGCCUCAGGUGGCAUUACAAACAAGUAUCGUAACAUCGGAAAAGUAUUAUAAAACAAGCAUUUUAAUUGGAUAGCGCAAAACAAUUUUUUUUCUGAUUGCAGAUUUGAUACCGUAUUAUACAAUUUGCGGAUGAUGUGUGACGUUAAAGGGAUUCCGUGUGGCCAUUGCAGAAUCAUAACUUGUACAAAAGCUGUUGUAAAGAUCGUGAUAUAUUGAUUAAACUUUAUUUAAGUCGUACCAACUUUAUACUCGUAGUUUGCAUUGGCACUUUCAAGAACUGUCUGUUAAAAGUCGAGCCAGAGUGGAUUUUGGGUUGGGUGGAGACAUUGCUGAAAGUCAAACUAGGCUGAAGCUUGGGCUGGAAUAUGGAUUCCGGGGAAAGUCCUGACAGGAUCUGGAGACAAUGAUUUUCCUACGAUCGUUGUUGCAGUUUGUAUUGUCAGCAGAGUGCCGCAAGGAUUUCUCCAACAGUUGAGCCACAAUUUCCUAAAAGAUCGUCUAAAGAUAAUCGAUCAUUUGAAGCAGUUAUAAAAAUAAUGAUCAAUUUGCAAAUAGUGGAUUAGGGAAUCUGGUUUUUUUUCUUUGAACAGACUAUAGGCAAGGGUGUUGUCAGAAGGGGUGCGGGGGAGGGAGCUACACAAACUUGAGAUGGUUCUAAUCAACAACACCUCAUCCCCACCAAGCAAGUGCAGUAUGGUCCCCACCUGACGCACGCGGCUGCGGUUGAUUAACUAGUAUUUCAGAGGUCUUAAAUACAUACAGUCAUAAAAAUAUGCAUGUUGUAGGCGGGUGGGGAGGGCUAAUUAACUCUGUUCAGUUUUCCUUUAAAUAUGCUCCUGAUAGACAGCCUGACACUGCCAAAUAUCAUGAUCAUUGUUUUUAACAGAUAGUUUUCAAAAAUACUUCUUGCUCAUAAGCCAUGGAAUGAAGAGAAUAUAUCCAGGGAGAUGUAUCUCUGUGUAUGAAUACAGCCGCUUGUAAAAAUUGAAAAAAGUGCUAAGCAUCACCGUUCACACACCAUCCAUAAACAAUAUUCUGCAUUGAACCAAAAAACUUCAAUGUAUAUUUUGGACUACUUCAUGGAUUUUGACACCAGUGAUCAUAAAACUCUCCUUUGAGAAUAAUAUAUGGGGUUCUUGGAUAGGUCACUUGGAGUGGUGCUAUCCUCUCUGAAUUCAAGUUUUUUGAUGGAGGAUUUAACUCCAGGAAGGGGAUCUUGGCAUAAAUUCAUGUUUUGAAAGAAUUUCUUUGGUCGAAUCAACUACUACUACUACUACUACUACUACUACUUGAUAUUUAAUGUAUUUGAUCAUCCUCCUAGAUGAAACAAGUUAUAAAAAUAAAAAAUAGGUCUGGACUUAAAUAUACAUAUGUAAUACCCAAAUUUAGUAAUUUAAAAGCAUUCCUUUGUUUUUAAUAGUUUAAUGAGUUUUCAAUCAAUAAACUUCCUUGUUUAGACUUGCGUAGUGUCUUUGGAUCUUUCAAAUCUUAAAGCAAGUAUCUCGCUAAUUACAGAAACAAUGCAAUUUUCUAUAAUCCAAGUCAAAGUUUCGGAAGUGUUUGUAUUUUGAUCAUGAGAAAAAAAAUAAUUGGUACUGUAUUUGCACGAAGAACCCUGCAAAUCGAGUAGUAUUGUAUUUCCACAAUUCCCAUAGUGUUGAGAUUUAUCAACUAGAUUACAUAAUAGCUUAAGAUAAAAACAAUGUGUGCAAUUGUUGAGUAAUUCGUUGCGUUUAAUAAUGGAACUUUCGGGAGCAUCAAUCAAACUUAACAAUCUGAACAGACCAUGAAUACGCACGUGUCUCACAAACACACGUCUUGUCCCACAAACACACGUCUUGUCCCACAAACACACGUCUUGUCCCACAAACACAAGUCUUGUCUCACAAACACACGUCUUGU